UGUUACAGUAACAUUCAAUGUUACAGUAACAUUCAGUGUUUCUUUGACAUUCAGUGUUUCUGUGACAUUCAGUGUUACAGUAACAUUCAGUGUUACAGUAACAUUCAGUGUUACAGUGACAUUCAGUGUUUCUGUGACAUUCAGUGUUUCUGUGACAUUCAAUGUUUCUGUGACAUUCAGUGUUACAGUAACAUUCAGUGUUACAGUAACAUUCAGUGUUACAGUAACAUUCAGUGUUACAGUGACAUUCAAUGUUUCUGUGACAUUCAAUGUUUCUGUGACAUUCAAUGUUUAAAUUUGUGUGCCUUUAUCUUUCAAAUAUAA